AGAUAUGAAGCUCAUUCCAUGUACCGGUAUUCUGAUAUGCUUCGUUGUUGGUUGUUCCAUUGGACUGGUUCCUGGGGUACAAAGCAGUGGAGAGACUAAUGGGACAGAGACAAAGGCCCAUGUGGUCCAAAGAGGGUCUUUUUAUUGUAUACCAAAGAAGUGUGAGAUCAAUCACUAUUUCAUUCUUUGCAAUUCAACCGACUCUGCCAAACCUGGGAAAGAUGAGUGUGUUCCGUGUGGGAACAAUACCUUUAAUUUAGACAGAGUAAACACUGGUAAUAUUAAUACCCCUUAUCGAUUACCGGAGCACCAAAUCUGUACAAAACCUGAAUGUGAUUGUGGCCCAGAAGGUUUCAUUGUGAAUGAACAUGAAUGCAAUAUCAACGGAGCACAGAAGAACUGUAUUUGUAAUGCAAAUAAAGGUUACUGUGGUCAUGACUAUCGAAAGUGUGUUAAAUGGAAUGGGGCAGAAUCUGAUAUCCCAGUAGAUUGGGGAUUGACACCAAAUUGCAGCAUCCAGAAGUGUGAGAAGGGGUACUCUAAACCUUACGUAGGAUAUGGUGCAUGUAAAAAAUAUACCAACAAAUUGACCACUACUCAGCCAACAACACCCUCCACAUCCGGAGCCUCUGCCACAGACGUCCAGAAUAAUUCGAAUGAAGUCGACACCAGAAACACCACACUUCCAAGCGUUAACGAAGACAAGGAUGGUGGUUUGGAUCCGAACAUUCUUAUUAUAGUUGUAUUAUCAUUGGUAUCCCUGGCAGUGAUUAUACUUGUAUAUUUGGGCAUUAAACUUUGCUGCAGGAAUAAGUUUGACCAAUUUAUACAAAGAUUGAAGAACGCAGUCCUGAAUAAUGGUGUGAACGAUCAGCUCAAUAUACCAGAGGAACAGAAUGUCAAUGCUGAACCCUCAGAGGACACCAGUAUGGUCUAGUUGGGACAGUUUGCUGCAAGGAAAUAAGGAAUCUUAAGUUUGAGACAUGUGAAAAAAGAGGGGACUGGAGGAAGAAAACCAAAAACAAUAAAUAAAAAUAAUAUGGACUGGAGGAGAAAACCAAAAACAAUAAAUAAAAAUAAUAUGGACUGGAGAAGAAAACCAAAAACAAUUAAAAAAAAAAAAAAAAAAGUUUUUUAAUUAUAUACAGUCAAACUUCGUUAUUUCGAACUAGAUGGGACUGUUUGAAAACUUCGAGAUAUACGAGUAUUUGAGAUAGCAAGUAAAAUACUUAAAAAAUAAGUGGCUGAAACUUGUAUUCGAGAUAUCGGUGUUCAAGAUAUCGAAGUUCAACUGUGUAUACACACACACAUAUCAUGCGUGUAGUGGAAUCAAAAUAAUGAAUUAAUGGAGACCUGGUUUAAAAUAUACAUAUAUAUUUACCAAUAUACUGGCUAUUGUUUGUGCAUGUAUUAUGAAAUUUUUAUUUCCUUAAGGAAGGAGUCUUUUUAUUAUCAAACAUACUUCUUAUAAUAAGAAAUGCAUGAAAUUUUGACACAGUCAAACGGAUCAUAUUACUUAAUGAUUCUAUCAGUUUAAUUAAAUUUGACCUUUUUGUUUUUGGAUAAAGGUCAGGUCAAGGUCAUUACCUUUUUCCUCAACCUAAAGAGUGAUAAAAAUAAGUGUAGUUCUUUAUAGUUCUGUAGACAUUUGUUUAAGAUUUGAAGAUUCAAAUCUUCAAUGAAAUCAUAGACCAUGAGAGUGUCUAUCAGCUAAUACUACUAAAUUGGAAUAAAUAUUUAUACUAAAAUUGAUAUUGCUUAGCCCGCAUUUCCUCUAAUUUUCUUAAAUUUUAAAGAAAUUUUGAUUAUUUUUUUAUGCUCCCAAUAAUAAAAUAUUUCUAAUUUUUAUGUAUUAUGAAGACUUUAUAUAAAGAUAUAAAUUGACAGAAAAGCUAAUAUAUUGACCGUUUCAUAAGAGAGAAAAACUGUUUUUAGUGAUUUUUUCACAAAAAUCAAUGUUUAGAAUGGGCGCUUUAAAAAGCUUAUAAAAAUGUUAUUUGAUAGGCAAAUCAUAUUUUAAAAACAUAUUCUGAAACCCAAGUAUCAUAUUAUUAGUUCACAUUAGUAAACAAAUCCAACAUUAUUGUUAUUGUUUUUAAAAUGCUAAAACAGACUCAUUAUAUAUAUAUAAUCUGCAGCAAUUCUGAAUUGCGCAACGUGAUAUUUUCCUACGCCAAUAUUACGCCAAAAAUAUAAUCCUUGUUCCAUUCUAAACAUUGAUUACAUUUUUCUAUGCCAAGUUGUAUGAUAGUAAAAAAGAAAGAAAAAUAUACUAUUUUAAUUUCCUUUCAUCUUGAUUUAAUGAACAAUCAAAUUUACGUUUGACAAGUCGAAAACCAGAAAAGACUCCUUCCUUAAAAUUUGAUCCCAACAAACUUAAGAGGGCUUGAUGGUUGGCAAUCAAUUAAGUUACUUACCUUAGAUUUUCAAAUGGGAUGUUUUUGUCAUACAUUAUUUUAAAGUAAGAAAAAGUCCAAAUAUUUAAACUUAAAUUUAGAAUUUGAACAUUUUCCUUUAUCUUUCUUCAGAGAUCUUCAUCUGGAUGAGAUUAAUAUUAUCUAUAAAUGGCCUUGGACCAUCCAGCCCCCUUAAUUGUAAAUUUUGUUGUUUCUCCUUAUGGCGGCCUUUUAAUUAAGUAUCUUAAUUAUCACAAACACAGAGGUGCUGAUUAUUUUCUGGUCUGUGUUUAAAUAGUCAUUUGCUCUGGUCAGUUUAUGAGGAUUAUUAAAUAAACGUAUAUGUAUAUAUAAAUAUUGAACAAAAAAAGCUAGUUUGACAGUUUUUUGACAGGUUAUUUUGCUUGCUCAGCAAUAAACAUGCAUAUUAUUUAGGAAGGUUGUGUAACUUAGGUUCAGUAAAUUUUUGUGGAAAAGUGUUGAAAUUGUACAUUUGAAUGCUACUGGUACAUGGGAAGUUUUUUUUAAUUGUUACAGUUCAAACUUUUAAAAGUUAUAUUUUAAACAUUGUUGAAUACACGUACAAAUGUAUUAUUUACCUAGCAAAAUCAGACAUGGAAUGAAUUUUUUUAUAGUAAUAUUCUUGGUGGUCAAUAAAUUGUUGAAAAGCUAUGCAAAACAGGUUUAAAUCUCUGUAUGGGUCCCGGUGAGAUGCAUGUUUGUUGAUAGCUUUAAAAAGCAGUAUUUAGAACUUAGUCCCAAAGUUAAGUUAUUUGAAAGUAUUUACAAUGGUACAUUUAAUGUUCAUUAUGUGACAAUACAGAAUUCCAAAGUUGAUUUUUGUGAGGAGUUUUUUUUUUAUAAUUAUACAUGCAUAUAUAUUUAUUCAUAGACAUGUGAUUGAGAAUUCAAUGCUCAUAACAAUCAUUCCUUUUAGGUGUAAUUUUACAUGUGUGAGGGCAAAGCAAAUUAUUUUAGGUGCGUCUUACUUAAAUCAUGAUGCCAUUUCUUGUCCUAAUGAUAUGUUUAAAUACCAUUAGUCACAAGACCAUGCAAUAUACAUGUAGCAAUCGAUGCAAGUUAAAAAAUCACUCUAUGUAUAUUUUUGUUGAGGUUUAAUUAUUAAAAGAAUGGAUAUCAAAUUAUUGAAAUGCAAGUGGUAAUUAAUUUUCAAAAUUGCAACCUUGUGCCAUUUUUUAAAAAUUUUCUGUACAAAUUUUUUGGAAAAGAAGAAUAUUUUUAAAAAUGUUCACUACUAUUGUAUAAAAAAUUAUGUUUGUUGAUAGAUCUGUUUGUGUAGAUUUAUUGAAAGUAUGUGCCAUAAAAAUGAGUUCCCCAUGGUGCUCAAAUUUUUAUCUAUUUAUUGAUGGAGUGUACUGUGAAUACAUCGGAACCGUUCAUUGUUUUUUUAAACAUGUAUGUUAAUUGUUAUUAAGCUGUAUGUCUUUCAAUUGGUAAUGAUCUUGAUCUGGGUUUUAGUCCCAGAAAGCUAGCUGCCAGGUACUGUUUAAAUACCGGUGAAUGUUACUGUGCAUGUUAAGUCAAAUAAUUAAACUAUAUAUACCAGCUAAUAUGUCUCAUACUGAACAAUACUGAAUAUCAUAUUGUUAAGAUUUACAUUUUGCAUAUCUUAGAUAGACUUAAGUAUUUCAUGCAGGUACUUUUUCAAUACUGUAAGAUAAAAGUUUUAGCACAAUUUUCUAUUGCAAGUACAUGCUAUACUUACAGAAGUGUUAUGAUUAAAAUCAAUAAUUUAGAUAAAUUUGAAGAUAAAUAGGACGUACGUAAUCUCCCAAAAAACAUGUAGAUGUAUACAUGUAUUAUUGUGAUAAUUUUUAUUGCAUGUGCUGGUAAUAUACUGAUUAAACCUUUAUUUAAUGAUUGAGCAUAUGAUAUACAUGUAGGUAUAUUGUGAUAUUACAGAAUACUCGGUUCUGUAGAAGAACAUACUGCUGCACUUGUUGUACUCAAUACAUGUAUUGACAAUUUUAUUGUUCUAGAAUCUCAUUUUUGUGUAUUUUUAUAUACAUGUACUGACCAGUGAUAUUAAAAGGCCAUUAUUAUUAAAUUAAGAUA